AUGAAGAAGAAAAUGAUGAAUAUGAUAGUUUUAGGGCUUGUAUUGUCUGUGUUUCUAUGGGCAGCUCAUGAGGCGGCGAGGCUACCUACCAAAGAUGCAGCAGGGAAGUUAAAGGCAUUCUCAGAGCUGGGAAAUUGUCUUAGUCUCUCUUGUGCAAAGGGUAUCUCCAAGAAAGAUCAAACACUUCCCAUUGACGCAACUUUCAAGCUUCCUGCGCCAACACCAGUCUGGCCACCAGGUGAUGGAUUUGCCAGUGGGAUCAUCAAACUGGGAGACAUACAAGUGGCUCAAAUUUCAACAUUCAACAAAAUAUGGACAUCUUAUGAAGGUGGUCCAGAUAAUCUUGGGGCCACAAUCUUUGAACCAACAAGACUACCAGAAGGAUUCUCUAUAUUAGGUUACUAUAGCCAACCCAACAACAAGCCUCUUUUUGGAUGGGUUCUUGUGGCCAAAGAUAAUUCUUCAACCAGUCAGCCAGCACUAAAGGAACCACUUAACUACAAGCUAAUAUGGAGCAGCAACUCUACGCAAUUUAGUCGAAAUAGCCCAGCUUACUUUUGGUUACCAACUCCUCCUGAUGGCUAUAAAGCAGUAGGCCAUCUUGUGACCACCACACUGGACAAGCCUUCCCUCGAUAAAAUUCGGUGUGUCCGGUCAGACCUUACUGAUCAAAUUGAGACAUAUAAUUGGAUUUGGGGACCAGGAGCAUCCAGUGACUCCAAUGAGUUCAAUAUUUAUGAAAUAAGACCAAGCAAUAGAGGGACCAAAGCUCAAGGACUUCCUGUAGGUACAUUUCUAGCUCAAAAUGGUGGAAAUAACAGUCUUCUAUCUAUAUCCUGUUUGAAAAACGCCAAUUUAAACUUAGCCUCUAUGCCCAAUCUACAACAAAUUCAAGCAAUAGUACAAGCUUACUCUCCAAUAAUGUACUUACAUCCUGAUGAAGAAUACCUCCCUUCCUCUGUAAAUUGGUUUUUUGGAAAUGGGGGACUACUCUAUAGAAGAGGACGUGAAUCACAUCCUGUGCCAAUACAACCAAAUGGCACAAAUCUUCCUCAGGAUCAUUACAAUGACGGGUCCUAUUGGUUGGAUCUUCCAGCAGAUGAAGCCAACAAGGAAAGAGUUAAAAGGGGUGACUUGCAAAGCUCACAAGCAUAUCUGCACAUAAAACCAAUGUUUGGUGGAGCAUUCACGGACAUAGCCUUUUGGGUAUACUACCCAUUCAAUGGACCAGAAAGAGUAAAAGUAGAGUUCGUCACCAUUUCAUUGGGAAAAAUUGGCGAACACGUCGGGGAUUGGGAACAUGUGACACUAAGAGUAAGCAAUUUCAAUGGAGAACUCCAAAGAGUAUAUUUCUCAGAACACAGUGGUGGUACCUGGGUUGAUUCCUCUGAGCUCGAAUUCAAGAACAAAAACAAACCCAUCGUUUAUUCUUCGCUCCAUGGCCAUGCGCUUUACCACAAAGCAGGGGUCCACCAUCAAGGGACCGAUAUUACUUCGAAAAGUAAAAUAAUAAUGGAUAUGGGAGUGGGGUAUGAAGUGAUUUCUGUAAAGUAUUUGGGAUCGCAGAUAGUGGAGCCGCCAUGGCUGAACUAUUUCAGAGAAUGGGGUCCAGUAGUAAGCUAUGACAUCGCAAAAGAGCUUAAGAAAGUGAAAUGGUUGCCUGGGAAGUUGAAGAAGUUUUUGGAGAAUAUUGUGAAUAGUUUGCCGAGUGAAGUGUUGGGAGAGGAAGGGCCAACUGGUCCGAAGGUGAAGAGCAACUGGAAUGGGGAUGAAGAUGAUAAUAAUCAUCAGUUUGAACUGUAUUUGUUUGGCAUGAAUAUCAGUAUUCAUAAAUUUGAAUGGAAUGGAAAUGCUAAUAGUUUCAUGUACAAGUCUAUGAAAAGCAGGCACAUAUUUGGAUAA